GGAGAAGACUGGGUUUCAGCGAUGUUGUCACAGGAGCUUGACUAAGUUGCCAAAACCUGCUUGGAUUUUUACCUGAUAGCAUUUGGCUUGAAAAGCGAAAAUGGUUCCAUUUCAAUUUUCCCUGGUUUCAAAGGAUGGAAGAAGCCAGUCUGUGCCUUGGAGUGUCCUCGGCGGCGCCGGAAGCUGAGCCCCAUCUGAGCAGCCCCGUCCUCAACGGCCAGUAUGCCAUGAGUCAGAAGUUGCACCAGAUCACCUCCCAGCUCAGCCAUGCUUUCCCCGAGCUGCAUCCGCGGCCCAACCCAGAGGAGAAGGCCCCGGUUCCCCUCGACGAGAAGGCCCACGUGCCCAUGAGUGGCCAGCCCAUGGGCAGUCAGAUGGCGCUCCUGGCCAACCAGCUGGGCCGGGACGUGGACACCAGCCUCAAUGGGCGGGUGGACCUGCAGCAGUUCCUCAACGGGCAGAACCUGGGCAUCAUGUCCCAGAUGAGCGACAUCGAGGACGACGCCCGCAAAAACCGCAAGUACCCGUGCCCUCUGUGCGGCAAGCGUUUCCGCUUCAACAGCAUCCUCUCCCUGCACAUGCGCACUCACACCGGCGAGAAGCCCUUCAAGUGCCCCUACUGCGACCACCGGGCGGCACAGAAGGGGAACCUCAAGAUUCACCUGCGGACCCACAAGCUGGGCAACCUGGGGAAGGGGCGCGGGCGGGUGCGCGAGGAGAACCGCCUGCUGCACGAGCUGGAGGAGAGGGCCAUCCUGCGGGACAGGCAGCUGAAGAGCAGCCUGCUGCAGCCCCGGCCGGACCUGAAGCCGCUGCCGCACGCCCAGCAGCCCCCGCUGGCCGCCUGCAACCUGGCCCUGCCCACCAACCACAGCGUGCCCGACGUGGCCAACCCGGUGCCCUCGCCCAAGCCGGCCAGUGUGCAGGAGGACUCAGCGACCCCCGCUGCCGGCUUCCGCUGCACCUUCUGCAAGGGCAAGUUCAAGAAGAGGGAGGAGCUGGACCGCCACAUCCGCAUCCUGCACAAGCCCUACAAGUGCACGCUGUGCGACUUCGCCGCCUCGCAGGAAGAGGAGCUCAUCAGCCACGUGGAGAAGGCCCACAUCACGGCCGAGUCGGCCCAGGGCCAGGGCCCCAACGGCGGCGGGGAGCAGUCGGCCAACGAGUUCCGCUGUGAGGUUUGCGGACAGGUGUUCAGCCAGGCGUGGUUCCUGAAGGGCCACAUGCGGAAGCACAAAGACUCCUUCGAGCACUGCUGCCAGAUCUGCGGCCGGCGCUUCAAAGAGCCCUGGUUCCUGAAGAACCACAUGAAGGUCCACCUCAACAAGCUGUCAGUGAAGAGCAAGUCCCCUAGCGACGCCGAGGUGCCUGUGCCCAUGGGCGGCAUGUCCCAAGAGGCCCACGCCAACCUGUACUCCAGGUACCUCUCCUGCCUGCAGAGUGGCUCAUUCAUGGCCGCCGACAAAGCCAGCCUGAGCGAGCCCAGCCAGCUCUAUGGCAAAGGCGAGAUACCCGUGAAGGAGAAGGAGGUUGCGGGGAAGCUGCCGACCCCCAUCUCCAGCAUGGCCCACGGCGUCCCCGAGGGCGACAAGCACUCCCUCCUGGGAUGCCUCAACCUUGUGCCACCAUUGAAAUCCAGCUGCAUCGAGCGGUUGCAGGCAGCUGCGAAAGCUGCUGAGAUGGACCCCGUGAACAGCUACCAGGCUUGGCAGCUCAUGGCCAGGGGAAUGGCCAUGGAGCAUGGCUUCUUGUCGAAAGAGCACCAGCUACAGCGCAACCACGAAGACACUUUGGCAAACGCCGGAGUUCUGUUUGAUAAGGAGAAGCGGGAGUACGUGUUAGUGGGAGCAGAUGGCUCCAAGCAGAAAAUGCCUGCUGAUUUGGUUCACAGCACUAAAGCGGGCAGUCAGAGAGACCUGCCAAAUACGCUCGACCCUUUGGAAGGCAGUCGGGAUUUUUUGUCACAUGGGCUGCACCAGGCUCUCGAGUACAACCUGCAGGGUCCCGGGAGUCUGAAGGAGAAGCCCACCGAGUGCCCGGACUGUGGCCGAGUGUUCCGCACCUACCACCAGGUGGUUGUGCACUCCCGCGUCCACAAGCGGGACCGCAAGGGCGACGAGGACGGGCUGCACGGGGGCCCCGAUGAGCGGCGCGGCUCGGGCAGUGACCAGGAGUCCCAGUCGGUGAGCCGCUCCACCACGCCCGGCUCCUCCAACAUCACUGAGGAGAGCGGGGUCGGAGGCGGGCUCUCGCAGACCGGGAGCGCCCAGGAGGACAGCCCACACCCCUCCUCGCCGUCCUCCUCAGACAUUGGAGAGGAGGCUGGGAGAUCUGCCGGCGUCCAGCAGCCCGCACUGCUUCGAGACAGGAGCCUGGGCUCGGCCAUGAAGGACUGCCCGUACUGUGGGAAAACCUUCCGGACAUCCCAUCACCUAAAGGUCCACCUGAGGAUACACACAGGUGAGAAACCCUACAAAUGUCCCCACUGUGAUUAUGCCGGCACCCAAUCAGCCUCCUUAAAAUACCACCUAGAGCGGCACCACCGGGAGCGGCAGAACGGAGCCGGGCCACUGUCUGGGCAGCCCCUGAACCAAGACCACAGGGACGAGCUGUCCAACAAAGCUGCUUUGUUUAUCAGGCCAGACAUCCUGAGGGGCGCCUUUAAGGGUCUCCCCGGAAUCGACUUCAGAGGUGGCCCUGCGUCUCAGCAGUGGACAUCAGGGGUGUUCUCAUCUGGAGAUCACUCAGGGCAGGCCACUGGCUUGUCUUCUGAGGCUCCUUCAGACACUCUGAAAGGUACCGACCUUCCUUCCAAAAGCACCCACUUCUCCGAAAUCGGGAGAGCUUAUCAAAGUAUCGUGAACAACGGUGUGAAUUUCCAAGGGUCUUUGCAAGCGUUCGUGGACAGCUUUGUCCUAAGCUCCUUGAGGAAGCAGAAGGACAUGAAGGGCAAAGCCCCAUCUGACCCUCCUCCCAUGAAGGUCCGCGGGGCAGACGGCGGCGAGGAGAAGGCGGGCAGCAAGGCGGCCCCCAGGAAGUCUGAGAAGUCUCAGUACGAGCCCCUGGACUUGUCCGUGCGGCCGGACGCCGCCUCCCUCCCAGGCUCCUCGGCGACUGUACAAGACAGCAUCGCGUGGCACGGCUGCUUGUUUUGUGCUUUCACAACGUCCUCUAUGGAGCUGAUGGCCCUUCAUCUCCAGGCCAACCACCUGGGCAAAUCGGAACGCAAAGAUAGCGCCGUCGGGGUGACGGUCAAUUGCACAGACCAAGCCCGGGAGGCCAGUAAAGUGGCCCUGUUGCCCUCGGUACAAUCAAGCAAAGAGAUGGCGCUUUCCAACAUGAUGGGGCCUCUAGACUCGCCUUCUGAAAAGAUGGCCCAAGGACAGGUCAAAGAGACUCUGGGGGAGCAGAAGGGUAGCCCAUGGCCCGGCCACAUGGACCCCACGUUCUGUAACUUCCCGUCAGACUUCUACAAGCAGUUCGGUGUUUACCCAGGUCUGCUGGGCUCGGGGGCCUCUGGUUCCUGCCCCAACAGGGAGCCUGACGGGAAGGCCCACUUGGAAGAUGAUGCCCCGAUCCUGAUCCCUGAAACCACAAAUAAGAACACUACUGAUGACCUCUCGGACAUCGCCUCCUCAGAGGACAUGGACUCCUCCAAAGGAGAAAACAACGAGGAAGAGGAUAUCGACACGGAGCCGGAGGUGAUGAGCAAGCCGCCUGCCCUGAGCAAGGACGGGGGCAGCGACGGUGGGGAUGGCCUGCUGCCCGCAGGUGCCCCACAGCCCAUCCAGGGACUGGUCUCCCCUCUACCCCAGGCAUCGGAGAAGCAGUGGCACAGCCCGGGCCUUCUUCCAGCCCAGGACCCCGUGGCGAGCCUGCCCAAGCCAGAGCGGGGGCCCCAGGGCCUGGAGAAGCCGAUGAAUGUGCUGUCGGUCCUCAGGGCCUACAGCGCCGAUGGCUUAGCAGCCUUUAACGGACUUGCAAGUAGCACAGCAAAUUCUGGAUGUAUCAAGAGGCCAGACUUGUGUGGUAAGUGACACCCCCUGUUCUAGUCGGUCUAGCUGGACUUGCCCUUCUCUGUUCGUGCUCCUCGGUGGCUAUCUGCAGCUUGUUAAUCGUGUAAAGUCAAGAGAAGAAUGUAUACACAUAUGUGUGUUGAAUAAAUAAUUACUAUUGGCAUAGGUAUGUGUAUACACAUGGCACACCAACCUAUGGUAUAUAUAGCAAAGAAUCAGGGAGGCUAAAAAUACUGCCCCAUAUGUUCCACUAUUAGCAAAGGAUGGUGAAGGCUUAGUAACUUGAAGGGGAGAGAAAAUUCCCUCCGGGUCAUGAAUUCUGCAUGACACACGCUGGUGGAUUCGAGGUCCCUUCACCUGUGGAAACCCUGAUGGGGGGCCUGCUCAGCACAGCUUCUAGAGGCGGGCCCUGCGAUGGUCUCGUUGGCAUUACUGCUUGUGUCUGAUUGUCCUGUAUUUUGUAACACUUUAGAGAAUACAGAAAAGUGCAGUAAUUAUCUUUCUCCGUAGUAUUUAAGCAGUAAUAUUGCUAGUUUAAUAUUGUGUCAGGUCGUCAUGUUAACCAGGAACAGAUGACGUAAAAUUCCAGUGAAUAGCACCUUGAUAUCCACUCCUUAAAAAUGGUGAUUGAAGCAAAAUGUGUAAACUUGUACCAGGUUAUCGUGUGCUUUGGAAUAGAGUAUUGUUGAAGUAAUUAGAAGAUACAUGAAGGUGUUCCUGGUAAUGAAGGCAUGUAAGUUAUAAUAAUUGUAGCUUUCUGAAUAAGUGUCAAACUAUAUCUUUAAGUGUGCUGUAUGCUGAGUUACAAGUUAGGUCAUUUAUGAAUGGAAUGUAAAACAAUACUAAAAAUGCUUCAAUAACUUAUCUUGGUAUUGCUAAUAAAAAAAAGCUGUGAAACAUUA